AUUCUGGCUUCUCUUCUAUUUGAGUGUAAAGGAGAAGACAGAGUGAUCCAGCCAACAGAAGAUGUCUUUGCUUCUGAAGGAGACACAGUCACACUUGGUUGUACAUUUAAGACCAACAGCAGUUCAUCAAAUGAUUAUCUCUACUGGUACAAACAGGAUGGAAACAACAGCCCCAAAUUCAUACUGAGCCGCUUUAAGAUUGGAGAAGGGAAAACAAUGAAAGAGUUUGAGGAGAGAUUUUCAUCCACACUGGAUUCUACUUUAAGAUCAGUUCCUCUGAAGAUCCAGAAGCUUCAGCUGACUGACUCUGCUGUGUACUACUGUGCUCUGAAG